GGUGUAUCCGCUUAACUUUGAGGAAUUUUCCCUGUUUUUGAAAGACACUUAUGGAAACCCCGAUAUUCCUGGCAUAGCCAGAAACUUCACUUCCGACACUCCAGCUCUUAUUGCUAUGCUCAUGGACGCUCGUUCCCAUAUUACGGAGCGAAAUCUAAAAAGUCGCAUCACCAAAAUGAUUAAACGUUUGGCAAGUCCCGAUUCCGAAGAUCCAAGCUCAACAGAUGACCAGGAGGCAUAAUCAUUUACACUAAAUCUAUCCAAAAAUGGGUCCUAAUAAAGAAGACGUUUUAAAAAUUCUCUACUGGAAUGCAAGGAGCAUCUUGAAGCGUAAAGAAGAAAUUCAACAAAUUUUGCACACUGUAGACAUUUUUGCCUGCGUUGAAACCUGGCUCAGUCCGUCCAUUUUGAACUUGCAAUACCCCGGAUUUAUUAGUUUCAGGUUAGAUAGAACCCACGCACCCGGUGGCGGGAUUUUAUUGCUGAUUCGGAAAAAUUUGGCAUACAAGGAAAUACCAGGUAUUAUGUCCCCCCACGAAUCUGUUGAAAUCUGUGGUAUUAGAAUCACCAAUACUAAUCCAGCCUUCAACCUCAUAGUCUGUUAUAGAGCUCCUGGUCUUACUCUCACUCUUGAUCAAUGGGGUAAAAUUUUUUCCAAUCUCAAAACAGAUCAAUGCAAUAUUAUGAUGGGCGACUUUAACGCCCAUCAUGUUAACUGGAAUUGCAAUAGAAGUGACAGAAAUGGAGAAAACCUGUUAGAAAUGGUUGAAAAACACAACUUGUUUAUUCACAAUCACGAUUCGUAUUCUCAUAUUGAUAAAUAUUCUAAAUCUAACAUCGAUCUGGUUCUUUCAAGUAACAAUGUAGCCGAUAAAAUUAAUAUUAACGUGAAUGAUGAUACCUGGGGAUCCGAUCACUAUCCCAUAUAUAUUAGCGUAAGCGCACAAAAAAUCCGCUAUUGUAAAAAAUCCCAUAAACUCAGCUCGAAACGGACGGACUGGGCAAAUUUCGCGUUGCACCUCGACUCAGCAUUCCCACAAUUUUUUUGCGCCGAAUAUGAACUUCUCCCACCUAGUCAAAAAUAUGACUCCUUUGUAAAGGUUUUGAAAGAAGCAAUAGUUAAUAAUACACCCAAGAAAAAAAUUGUGGGUCCGCGAACGCAUAGAAAUCCUGUUGCAUGGUGGGAUAAGGAGUGCCAUGAAAUAAAGCAACUCAGGAACAAGGCAUUCAAAAAAUGGGAGCGAUCAAAAACUCUUGAAGAUCUCAUUGAAUAUAAAAGGCUGAUUGCAUUGGCGAAAAAAACCUUUAAAACAAUAAAAUAA